AUGUGGCCACCGGUUGGAGUGUGGCUUCUGGUCGCGUUUGGCUUAGGCCGUGUUCGAGGGCAGUGUGAUAGCACUUCCCCGUACCGAACGUACGAUGGAAGGUGCAACAACCUUCAGAAUCCUUCGUGGGGAGCGGCCGGCACUGCCUACGGUCGACUGCUACCGGCCGAUUAUGGUGACGGUGUCUCGACACCACGCCGCUCAAGAACCGGUACGGAGCUACCGAGUGCUCGCGUCCUCUCGCUGACGCUAUUCAACGAGCAGUUCAUACAGGACCCUCGUACCACGCUGGUGAACAUGCAGUUUGGCCAGGUGGUGGCACAUGAUAUGGGACUCCGAGCGGGAGGUUCCGAUUCGGUGCCCUGCUGUACGAAUGGACGCGUGGUAAGCAAUCCGGGACGCCGAUGCUACCCGAUUCCGUUGCCACCGAACGAUCCGAUCACGGCAGCUGGUGGUGGCCAGUGUCUUGAUCUCGUACGGACUCGCAGCACUUUCGAUGUGAACCAGGCAGCCUGCAGUGUCAGUAGCCCUGCUCAGCAGCUGAACGAAGCCACUUCCUUCCUCGAUCUGUCCCUGGUGUACGGUAACAGUGCCCAGCAGAAUGCUCAACUACGAGCCUUCGUCGGAGGACGCAUGAAGGUGGAAAAUCGUAAUGGCACGGAUUGGCCACCACGUAACCCACAAUCGGGCACUGCUUGUACGCUGCGUUUAUCCACCGACACCUGCUACCUGACGGGCGAUGAACGGAGCAACAUCACACCGGAACUAACCAUCCUGCAUAUUGCGUUCCUUCGUGAGCAUAAUCGGAUCGCAGGUUUGCUCGCUCGCCAGCGCACGCUGUGGAACGAUGAGAAGCUGUUCCAGGAGGCACGCCGUAUCAACAUCGCCCAGUACCAGCACAUUGUGUACUACGAGUGGUUACCAUGGUUCCUCGGGCCGGAUCGAAUGACACAGCGAGGCCUGCUUCAACGCACGCCCGACUACGUCAACGAUUACAGUCCCAGCAUCAAUCCGACCACACUAAACUCGCACUCGAACGGUGCCUUCCGGUACUUCCAUUCGGCCAUCAUGGGUAGUUUAAGCUUAGCGCAGGAGUCACGAGCGAUCACGGGAUCGUUGAACAUCAACGAUCACAUGUUUAAUCCGACGGUAUUGGAGCGAAACGAUGGUUAUACGUUGCUGACACGCGGCAUGACCACACAACCAUCUGCACGCACCGAUUUAAGCUACGAUCCCGAGGUCCGUCACUUCCUCUUCCGAUUUGGUAAUCGUUUCGGGACGGAUCUGAAGGCGCUGGACAUACAGCGCAGCCGGGAUCAUGGUAUUGCUGGAUACAACGCAUUCCGCCAGUACUGUGGACUCAGUCGGGCCACACGAUGGCAAGAUUUCGUCGAACUGCGUGGUCCUGCGGAUUUUCAACGCUUAGCCGCGUUGUACCGUACGGUGGAUGACGUGGAUCUAACGGUGUCCGAGUUCUUCGAGCGACACAUACCGGGCACACAGGCCGGACCGACCUAUCACUGCAUUCUGAUGGAACAGUUCCUCCGCACACGCCGUGGUGAUCGGUUCUUCUACGAGAAUGGUAACACUGCCGGUGCCUUUACGGUUUACCAGCUGCGAGAGAUACGGAAAGCCAGCAUGGCACGGAUCCUCUGCAACAACUCACCAGGUGUUACGCAGAUGCAGCGUCAGGCCUUCCAGCAAAUAGCGGAAUUUAAUCCACUGCAACUGUGCAGCUCCCUACCGCAGCUCGAUGUUCGCUUCUGGUAA